AUGGAUUUUUUUGGGGAGACUGAUGAUGAAAAUGGGUUUUUGUCCAAUUUUUGUCAAAUGGAUCAUGGUCUGCUUAUCCACAGUGACUUAUUCCUUCAAUUUAAAUGGCCAGAAGGGAAAGUCCUGCUAUCUCUUACUUAUUUUUUUGCAGAUGAAUCACUCUUGUGCUGCAAAGCAAGCAAACAGGAAGCAAUGAAAGUGAAGAGCAUCUUGACAAAGUAUGGUAAAGCCUCUGGACAGGUGGUGAACUUUGACAAGUCAGCAAUCUUUUUCAGCAAAAACACAAAUGAAGUGAUGAAACCAGAGGCAAGAGAGGGACUAGACAACAUAAACGAAGCAACAAAUGGCACAUAUUUGGGACUGCCAAUGGCCAUUAGAAGAGCAAAGACACAAGUGUUUCAGUUUGUAAAAAAUAAAAUCAGUAGCAAGCUGCAGGGAUGCAAACAAAGAGUACUGAGUCAGGGAGGAAAGGAAGUGCUGAUCAAGGCAGUGAUAAUGCCAAUGCCAACUUAUGUAAUGGCAUGUUUCAGACUCCCAAAAGGACUAUGUAGAGAAAUCACAAGGAAAAUUGCAAGGUUCUGGUGGGGCAAGGGAGAGAAAGAUGCAUGUAUUCACUGGGCAAGUUGGAAGAAAAUUUCAGAGGUUAAGGGAAGAGGGGGAAUAGGCUUCAGUGACUUGGAAGCUUUCAACACUGCUUUGCUUGGAAAACAAAUUUGGAGAUUCUUAUCUGCUCCAAAUUUGUUAGUAAGCAAGGUUAUGAAGGCUAAGUACAUGAAGGACCCAAAUUAG